AUGAAACACGACGACAUGUCCUUCACAUCACUUCCAGCUCGGGAGUCGGAUGACGAGAGUCGAGAAAUGGAGGACAUUUAUGUCCCCCCUCAGCGUAGCUGCAAUUUCCGCAUGAUACUCUACUACGGAAUUCUCGCCCUGCUUGCGUCUGGCUGGUUCGUGGCUGUCAAUCUGUACCAUCAUCCUCGAGUCAUUGAUAUACCCGGCCUUUCAUCUCCCCAUCCUUUCCCGCCAGAGGUGUUUUCCCGCGUAAAAAGAGUAUUUCUGCCUGACGAGCGAUACAUUGGCCCGUCAAAUCAGACUCACCAGAACUGGGAUCACCUAGUUGCAGGUAACCCAGUACCAAUGCCCCCCCGAGUAGAUCUUUUUGAUGCUGAGAUGCACGCACCAGCCCACGACGCCUUGUAUAUCGAAAAUCCUGAGAAAUAUGGAUACAUAGAAGGGAGCGGUCCUCCCUUUCAUCACGAGAACAUGGCGAGUCCCGUUCCGCGGAAAUUCUACGUCGUCUCGCUGCUCCAUCAGUUGCACUGUCUGAAUAUCGUGCGGUUUCACUACUGGCAAGUGAAACAGGGCCAUCCCGUUGUUGGUCUGUAUCCGGAAGUGAGCUGGGACGCACACAUUGACCACUGUUUUGAGUAUCUGAGGCAGGCGAUUUCUUGCGGCUCUGGGUUUGCCGUCGAGGGACACUCUCCUCUCGUUGUAGACGGGCAGCUUGGAGAGGCGUCUACGGUCACGGGAUGGGGUAUCGAGCACGACUGUAUCAAUUUUGAGGCCCUGCGGGCGUUUCAGAUUGACCAGGAACGAGUCUAUAACGCCACUUGGCACAAGUAG